UUUCCGUGUCCGGUAGUGGUUGCAAAACAGUUAGUGGUGUUGUGUAGGGUGGAAAGGACAGUAACGCACAAACGCUCAGAAGGAUCCAAUCUCUCAACACGAUGACAUUGGCAGAAGUACUCCAGGUGUUGAGGGGGGCUGGCAAGGUGGGCACUGCUUUUGCCACCACUCAGGGUGAACAGCUCAGAUUGAUGGCCUGCAACUCGACCUUUGGUGCAGGGGUCAAAGCCGCCCAGGAGACAGUCGAGGGUGUGAUGGGCACUGUGAUGGGAGGAGACGUGAUACCCAAGACUGAGGAGUUUCCUGACAUUGAGAAAUGGGAGGAGAUGGAAUCGGAUGAAGCAGCAAAGUGGGCAGUGGGCUCUGAACUUCCCCCAGACAUUUCCAGCACUGAUGGCAAUAAUGUUGCAGGGAUGUCAGAGACGCCUGCUGGUGCAUCUAAUGGCACGGUUAAAAGAGCAGGAUGGCCUGGUCAAAGCACUCGAUUUUUGCAUGUAUCAGUCCCUUUUCACAACAAUAGGCUUGUUCAUGAUUCUGUGGUGGCAAGGCUAAGUCCCGAGGACAUUAAAAAGGCAAGGGAGGCGAAACAGAUCAUUGCCAGACCUGUUCGACAGAAGCUUAGCGAGAGAGCCAAAGAACAGAAGGUUCCCGCUACACGGAUUAGUCGACUUGUCAGUUUUGGAGGAUUAGCUGUUGGACUUGGCAUUGGAGCCAUUGCUGAAGUGGCAAAACAGUCUUUUGGAGGAAAACGCUCAGAUAUGGGGGCUCUUUUAGACUCUCCCCUCCUGUCUGAGGCCAAUGCAGAGAGAAUAGUGAACACCUUGUGUAAGGUUAGAGGAGCGGCUCUCAAGAUUGGACAGAUGCUAAGUAUUCAGGAUAAUAGCUUCAUUAGCCCACAACUGCAGAAAAUAUUUGAGAGGGUUCGACAAAGUGCAGACUUCAUGCCAGCCUGGCAAAUGCAUAAAGUCCUUGAGGAGGAGUUAGGAUCUGGAUGGAAUGAGAAGCUCUCAUCAUUUGAGGAGAAGCCUUUUGCUGCUGCCUCCAUUGGCCAAGUGCAUCAUGGAGUUCUGCUGGAUGGAAGGGAAAUUGCUAUGAAGAUACAGUAUCCUGGUGUUGCUGAAAGCAUUCAUAGUGACAUCAACAAUCUCAUGUCUGUUCUGAAGAUGAGUGUUAUGCUACCUGAUGGUUUAUUUGCUGACAGUAGUCUCGAGGUUCUGCAGAGGGAGCUUGCAUGGGAGUGUGACUACAAGAGAGAGGCAGAGUGUGCAAAACGCUUUAGGAACAUGCUUAAAGGAGAUCCAGUGUUUGAAGUCCCUGAGGUCUUUGAUGAGCUGUCGUGUCGUCGGGUGAUUUCCAUGGAACUAGUUAAUGGAGUUCCAUUGGACCGCUGUGUUGAUUUGGAUGAGGAAACUAGAAAUGAGAUAUGUUAUAACAUCCUGCAGUUGUGCCUGAGAGAGCUGUUUGAGUUCCGUUUCAUGCAGACAGAUCCUAACUGGGCCAACUUCUUCUAUAAUAGUGAACAGAACAAGAUAUUUCUGUUGGACUUUGGAGCCUGUCGAGAUUAUCCAGAGUCAUUCACAGAUGACUAUAUAGAGGUGGUUCAUGCAGCCUCAGUUGGAGACAGAGCUACUGUCCUGCAGAAAUCUAAGGACCUGAAGUUCCUUACUGGUUUUGAAGCCAAGGCAUUCGAAGAUGCACAUGUGGAGGCGGUUAUGAUCCUUGGCGAAGCAUUUGCUUCAGCCGAUGCGUUUGACUUUGGCACUCAGAGUACAACACAGCGCAUCCAGAGCCUGAUCCCCGUUAUGCUUCAACACCGUCUUACCCCCCCUCCAGAGGAGUCUUACUCUUUACACCGCAAAAUGGCUGGCUCAUUCCUCAUAUGUUCCAAGCUAAAGGCCCGCAUUUCUUGCCGGAACAUGUUUCUUGAUAUUUACAAUGCUUACAAACAACGGCGACAGGAAAGAGGCACCCAGGCCUAAGACCUACAAAAAGACAUGUUGAGUUUGGACUAUAAAGUACUAUGUUAAAGUGGAAGGCAACUCGAUAGUACCAUGUCUUGGUGCGUACGUUAAUGGGACUGCUCUCAGGAACUCCGUAGUGGUGCGGUGUACUGAAUGGUCUUCACUGCUUUACCUCCAAGGACUUGCAUACUUUGUGUGUAUUAUUAAAGUGAUUUUAUUGUGUGGUUUAUGUGUGAAAAUAUAUUCACUGAAGAAGUUUAAAUUAAGAUGUUGGAUUAUAAACGAAUGGGUGCCAGAGGUUUAUAUGUAUACCUUUGGUAUGCCCUGAAAGUUUUCCAUACUACAGUUGUGCUGGACUGUUCAAUGUGCCCAUCAAUUGUGUUUUUAUUAAAUUCUUCAAAUGAUUAAAAAAAUGUUCUUUCAUUUGGUUUAUCAAACAGGAAACACUGAGAACACAAAAACUAUUUACAUUUUCUGAAGACAGUCACUGCUAUGAUCAGUACCCAGCUUUUAAAAUUGUGACAUUGCAUACAGUGAAUACAACAAUUUUGCUCCAGUGGAGAGAACUGCAUCUCAAAAUUUGUCUUUGUGAUGUGUGAUACAAAUCUAACAAGAGAAUUAGAUGGGAAAUUAGAAUUAGCAAAAGUCAUUUUCAAGGCUGUAUGUCAUUGCUGCUAACUGCAUUAGCAGUUAGCUUUUAUUGGUAUCAUUAUACAGUUGUUAUAAUUACAUUUAUUCAUGAAUUUGUAAUAAAUAAAGUUUUGAAAAUUUGAA